GCUGGCUGACAAACCCCGGCAGAAACUUCACCGGGGUCGAAGUCCUGCCUGCGCUCCGAUACGAGGAGACGGGAGUGCGAGAGCGCGUUGGGAACUUAUCACAUGUGAUUUGUUUUCGUUUUUUUUAGUACAGAAAUGCUCCAAAAAUGGCGGUGGUAGCAGCGGCGGGGGUGUCGGGUGGCUCCGGUGCGCGCAAAAGUGGAUUUUUGGAGGUUUUGGUGCGGGAGCGGUGGCACAAAGUUUUGGUGAACUUGGGCGAGGACGCGCUCACGCUGAGCUGCGAGGAGGAGGACGACGCCGGGAAUAAUAACGACCACGUCCACUCCAACGGCGUCACCAACGGGUCUUACCUGGACAACAGGAACGCCAACUCCAACAACGGUCCUGUGCAGGCUCAGGCUGUGCGCACCGCGUUCACCGACCUGCCGGAGCGCGUCCCCGAGGCCAUCGCCAACAGAAAGCGCUGCGUUAAGGUGACCAAGCAGGACGUCGGAGGACUCGGCAUAAGCAUUAAAGGGGGGAAGGAGAACAAAAUGCCCAUCCUCAUUAGUAAGAUAUUUAAGGGGCUCGCAGCGGACCAGACCCAGGCUCUGUAUGUCGGGGACGCCAUCCUCUCCGUGAACAGCGUGAACCUGCGCGACGCGACCCACGACGAGGCUGUGCAGGCGCUGAAACAAGCCGGCCGGGAGGUGACGCUGGAAGUCAAGUACAUGCGUGAGGCCACGCCAUAUGUCAAAAAGGGCUCUCCUGUGUCGGAGAUCAGCUGGGAGGCCCCGCCUCCCGAGUCUCCACGCCCCAGCAGCCCUCCCGUCACCACACCCUUUGACCUCCCAAGUCCUCCUACCCAGCCCUCCCUGUCACUAAACGGCGACAGGAGAUGCAUACCGCUGAAGAUGUGUUAUGUAACACGAGCCAUGACCACACCAGAUCCUGAGAACAGACAACUGGAGCUGCACUCUCCUGAUGCCAGACACAGCCUAGUGCUCCGGUGCCCAGACCAACCAUCUGCCCUGUCCUGGUUCUCUGCCAUGCACUCGGUCACAUCAACACUGGCUCAGCGGGCACUAGUGGAGGUCAUCCACAAUACUUCCAAGAUGGGGAUUGCUGCCAGUAAAGAGAUGCGACACCUGGGAUGGCUGGCAGGCAAGACAGAGAGUGAGAAGCAGUGCUGGAAGCCGGUGCUGGUGGUGAUGACAGAGAAGGACCUGUUGCUGUACGACAGUUUUCCACGAGGCAGAGAGGCCUGGCAGAGCCCUGCACAUGUUUUUCCACUUUUAGCAACACGUCUGGUCCACUCUGGCCCUGAUCGAGGGUCACCUCGCUGCGGCACAGAGCUGCUCUUUGCUACUCGGACUGGCACACGACUUGGCAUAGAGACUCACCUUUUCCGGGCUGAGACCACCAAGGAGCUAUCCCUCUGGACCAGACACAUUGUCAAUGCAUGCCAUGCAUCUGCUGAGAUGAUCAAGGAAGUCACGACAAGCUGCCUGUACCACAGUCAGGAGUGCCGGCUGGUGAUCCAUUACGAGAAGGGCUUUUCUGUGUUGACCGACCCAACAGUCAGAGAUGAGGUGGAUGGUGAAGAGAGAGCAGUUAAUACUUCUAUCAAGCCCCAAGCACUCCUCUCCUACCCCUUUGAAAAACUAAAGAUGUCCUCGGAUGACGGAAUACGGAUGCUCUAUCUCGACUUUGGAGAGAAGCAGGGGGAGAUUCAACUGGACCUUCAUUCAUGUCCGAAGCCAAUCGUCUUCAUCCUCCACUCCUUCCUCUCUGCAAAGAUCUCCCGCCUAGGUCUGGUGGCCUGACUAUUGUACUAAAGGGACAUUUGAGCUCCUUUUUAAAAACAGAAAUCCACCUGGCAUCUUCAUCUAUCUGCAACCCGCAUGCAGUACACCACCUCAAACUCCUUCAUCUGGAAAUCCAAGCUGAAUGAAUGUAGCCUCUAUUUGAAGAUCUUGCUUGUAUGGGUCUCUGUGUGGAAGAUCCAAUAGCACUCCCGUGUCUGGGACUGGUCGUGGUUUUGACAGAUUGUUUUAGGGGGAAAUGACCCCUGUAAGGGCUGCAGUGUUUGAAAAGUUGACUGGAGAGCCACAAAUGAAAACAUGGGUUGGACUUUACGCAGACUUGUUGUUUAAGAUCACAGAAAUAUACAGGCACGCUGACAGGAGUGGAUCGGUCAUUACUGUUAAGUCCAGGACGGGGAGGACCGGCCAUGUGUAGCAGGGCUGAGGUGAAUUGACUUUUAAUUCAAUCACAAUGUAAUGGCAGAUUGCCUUCCAUUUACCAAAUUGUAUAAUUUAUUUGCCAUUAGCUCCUAAGGGACAUUCUUAAUUUCACUCGUCAUUUUUCUUCCUCAGACACUUGACACACUGUGGAAAAACUUUGUGUAUUUGUCUUUAUUAGCGUCCCCUGGGAUGCUCCGUUUGCAGCGUCAGCAUUCAUCAUCCACAGUGGGCGGCACAUUCUCCCACAACGUGAUGGCUCAUUCAAAUUUAAUAUGUCAUAGUAUUCCUUUAACAGGUUGGACACAGUGGCCAUAGUGUGGUUAAGGUAUUUCAUUAUUUAAGGUGACAUAUCCAACACUGGACAUUUGGUUGAUGAGGGUAAUCCAAAGAACGCAGUCAACAAUUUAUAUACUGGUAUCUACACACACAUACACACACACUAUAUUUGAUCUAAAACAAAACUAAUGUGUUUAUAAAGUGGUGAAUUGUCAGUCCCACGUUGUGCUGAAAAGUAUGAAUCAUAAUUUACUAAAAAUGGCAGCAUUUUUAGUAAAUUAUGAUCCAUACUUUUCAGCAAAGGACAAAGACAAACCACUGAAUGAGACCUUACAUUUCCUUGAAAAAGGAGAAAAAAACAUAGUAGUUAUAAACAAAUGAAAAGUAGUCAUUUUGACAUAGUUUUUCAUCCAGGGAUAUGUUUGUGGUUGUCUCAAAUUGUCUAUAACUGCCAUUGCUGUUUUUUUUUAUUGAGGUAAUAAAUUCAUAUAAAUGUUGAUCAAAGCAACAAUGAAUAGACGGCAAGACGAAUGUGUUUUUACUAAAGAGGAUUGAUUGGGACUGAGAAUAGUGAUCAAUCUAAAAAUGGUAGCUUCACUUUCUUUAAACUUAACUUUCUUUCUUUAUCCUGGAAACUAAUGGGCAUGUUAAUUUAAUUGAAAUAUUUGUAUAUUUUAGUAUUUGCUGCAUUUAACUCUAAUGUAGCCACAUUUCUCCAUCUAAAGUGAUGCAUAAUAGAGAAUAUAAUGUUUAUUUCAUGGAUAAUACUGUUGGAUAGUUUUACGAUAGCCUGUAAUCCAAAUUGGAAGAGUUAGUGGUUUUCAGUUCAGAAAUCUGGCAGCUUUAAUUUGGCAUGCAGCUCCUGGAAAAUCACAACUUGACAUUUGUGGGUUUUGCACAUAAGGAAAUGAGACAGAGAGAGUGUGAUAAUUAGCUUGAAAAGUGAGAUUUGGUGGACAUUUUAACCUGUGGACAGAUCUAGCCAAGUUAUUUCCCUGAUUCUUCAACAACAAACUUCAUUUUCUCACUGAAAUCCCACAAGGGAAACAUUUUCAAAAUGUUGAAAUAUUCAUCUGAGGGUAUUCAUUAAGUUCACACAUUAUGAUGCUGCUCACUGCUUCUUUUAUUGAAUAUCAGAGUGGACGGAUGAUCAGAAAGAUUCUUUCUAGGUCCGGUUUGCCUGGCUAACUGUGAAACUGUGCCCCUGAAAUGAAUACUGAGACUCAAUCAAAGGCUGCCACCCAAACAUCCCAUCAGCUGUUGCCAUGGUAGCCAGGUAGCCAGGUAGCCAGGUAGCCAUCACUGUCUUCAGUUUGACCUGAAACUCCGAUAUCCUUGUUCUUUUUGAUGUCUUGUAGCAGAUCAGAUCUGUGACAUGGUCGGGGUAACAUGUCUUUACUUUGUGCCUUCAGAUGACUAAAGAAAAUAAACUUUAGAAUUGUACAUGAAAUGAAUCGGAUCACUGCAUGAGCGUUAAGCAGCGAGACUUCUGUUUUGGCUAUAACUCGCUUGGGUACAUCUUCAGAGGUGCUCAGCUAGAAGUAAUUGUAUGUUCAAAUCAUAAAAUCACUGAGACUUUUCUGAAGGCCAUAUACACGCGCGCACACUGUGAACAAUGACUUUCGUAUUGUAAUCUGACCACGCUGUAGAAGAAACAGAUGUUUUUUGUUGAUGCUUAAAGAUAGUGAAGACAUUGUAACACUCAAGAAUCCAGCAGUUACUGAUAACAUAAAAGUGGAGAAGUUCUCUCUAAGUAAAGGCUGCGUUGAUAUGUAGAAUACUCUGAUGCCUUCAGCAGCUACUGUACUGUCACUCAGAAUGAUAAAAUGUAGUUUUUAAUUCAAACAGUGCACAUAAAUCAUGUAUUUAACAGUG